UGUGCAACCACCAAUGGAUUAGCUUUAUUUCAAAAUCUUCAAACGUCUCUCUUGUUCUUGGAUUGAGAGAAGUGCCUCGAAAUAAAUCCCCACUCCCUCUCUCUCCUUCACUCUCACUCUCAGAAGUCAGAACAAUAACAACAAAAGCUAUACGACCUUUCCCCUUUUCUCCACAUUUUGGAGCUUUCUUGUCUGUGUGUUCUUGUUCUUAUUAACCAAAGCAAUCAAACCUGAACAUUCAAAACAUUUCGUCUUCUUAUUAACCCCCUAGUCACUCCCUCGUGUUCACUUGCAACUAGUCAUCUUUCUACAUUCUCCUCAUCUUCUUCAAAGAUUAUAAACCUUGGAUACUCUACAACUUGAAAAUCAUGAUGCCAAAACCAAGUGUUAGAGGAAGUUCAGAGUUGCCUCAGAGGCAAUCUCCAAGGCUGAGGUUAUCAUCAACCGUUUCCUCUGCUCCGCAGCAUCUCCACCGUCCAAUUACAGACCGGAGUACAAAGCUAGGUCUUGACCGUCGAUCUCCGAGGAGUGGUGGACCUCACAGUGACCCGUUGACUCAGAAGAAGCUUGGAAGUCGCAUCUCUGGCUUGGACUCACAGCUAGGACAAGCUCAAGAUGAGUUGAGAUUGCUCAAAGAGCAGUUGUCUAAAGCUGAAGCUGCCAAGAAACGUGUUCAAGAAGAGCUUCAAAAGAAGAGGUUUAAGAAACCAAACCCUAAUGCUCUGGAGAGAGAUGACACUCCUGGAGAUGGACAUCAAGAGACUGAUGUCUUCGAGGUUCUUCCUGUUGAGAAAACAAAAGAAGUUGAUGAUGAGGAACACCAAAUCAACAUGUUGAAAGCUAGACUGUACGACAUGGAGAUUGAAAAGGUAUCACUCAACAAGGAAAACGAGAGCUUGAAGGAUCAGUUGAAGAAGACAGAUUCAGACAUGUCCUGUGCAAAGGCUAAAGAAGAUGAGCUAGCUUUGAAAGUGUGUCAGAUUAGGGAAGAACUGGAAGAAAGUAAUGAGAACACGGCGCAGCUAAAGAAGCAGCUUGAAACCGUGGAAGAAGCAAAAGAGAGUCUAGAAGCUGAGAUGGAGAAGCUGAAAGUGCAAACCGAGCAGUGGAGGAAAGCAGCAGAUGCUGCAGCUGCGGUUCUGUCUGGAGGAGUUGAGAUGAAUGGUCGAUUCUCAGAGAGGUGUGGGUCGAUGGAGCAGCAUUUUGAAGGGAGGUUUGUGGGAUCACCUGGAAUUCCUGAUGAUUGGGAGGAUGGGUCAGGAAGUGGGAAGAGGAAAGGUUCAGGGAUGAAAAUGUUUGGUGACUUGUGGAGGAAGAAAGGGCAAAUGAAUAAAAAGUAGCGUGUGAUUCAAGAAAGCAGUGUGCUUUUUUUUUAUUUACUUGAUGGGAUGACCCAAGUGAUGUAUAAUUUUCUAGUACUACUGAAUGAAUAUUUCUCAGCUUAAGAGUUUGUAUAAGUUCAACGGUAUCCACUAUCAGACUUAAUAUGAACCCAAAUCUAAAUUUAUAUAUAUAGUUACAUU